AUGGGCAAUAUCCACUUUAUAACUGAAUUCCCGUCUGCUCAUGCAAUAUUCCAGCCAUAUAGAGUUUCGGAUCAUGCUCCUUGUAUCCUCAAAUUUCCUGGUAUGACUAGAGAUAAGCCUAAACCAUUCAAGUUCCUAAACUUUCUGGUUCAUAAAGCCGGGUUCAAGGAAGAAGUUGCAAAAGCGUGGGAUGCGCAUUUGGAAGGUUUUUCUAUGUAUCAAGUGGUUUGCAAACUAAAAAGUCUCAAGACUCCAAUGCGUAAACUGCUAUAUGCUCAUGGAAACCUCCAUAAACGUGUUAAAACUCUUAGGAGUGAGUUGGAUGAAAUCCAAAAGAAUGUAGAUACUGACCCAGGGAAUGCUACUCUUAGGGAAGCUGAAAUCUCAAAAUUAAAUUCAUUCCAAGAAGCUGUAUUAGAUGAAGAAAGAUUUCUUAAACAUAAAUCUAAGAUUAAAUGGCUCCAGGGUGGAACUGCAUUAAAUGCUUUUGUGAGCCAUUAUUCAAGCUUCCUAAGCUCUACAGGUUCCGCGAACCCAUUUUCUUGUAAUGGGAUUCUGUCAAAAAGGCUUUCAUCCCAAAAAGCUUUGGAUAUGAUUAGGCAAGUUACUACUGAAGAGAUUAAAGAUGCUAUGUUUGAUAUUGGCAAUGAUAAAGCUCCGGGUCCUGAUGUUUAUACUUCAGCCUUUUUCAAAAGCUCAUGA